AUGGAGUUGACCCCGCAGUCCGCGCGCUCCCCAACUUCCCCUUUCCGUUAUCCUUCAAACCCUCAGCCGCUCUACGAGUACCCUUCGCCUGCUCACAGCGACUCUCACUACAAGCCAACUGAGCAGCUCCAGGGUUUAGGACUUUACUCAUGCCCGAUGUCUGAAUCGCCUGUGGAGAGCCAUGGUUCGGUGCCACCACUCGCAUCGUCCACAGCCACCAACAACUGGCCAACGAACAACAAUCUACAACAUCGGAAUGAGCCCAGGUCAACGCAGCCAACCCCCAACAUCCUCUCCGCAGAUUAUGACCCAUUUGCACCCUUCCAUCCUGCUGUAUCAAGUGCGUACAGCCAUGAUAUAUAUUCCGCACACACUGCUGCGGUUACCAUUCUCCCCAACUCUCCUGCUCCCUCGGACCACCAUUCUCAGCGCUCCUCAUUCUCCUCAACUCCGGCCUCGGAAGUCUUCACGCACGCUGGAUCUGUCCACUCUUAUCCCCAGCGUGUCAAAAUGGAAGAGCACCAGGAAUAUGCUCCCGGUGGUGAGCCGAUCCUGUUGGGCAGCUCUCCUCAACUUAAUCACAAUCUUCUCGUGACUUCGACGAGUCCGUACCCAGGAACCCUGGAAGCUACCUUCUACCAAGAUCAGCACCACUCCAUGGGCUGGCCGAAGGUUGAAUACACGACGACACAAGAUCUCCCGUCCAUCUCUUCUUUGCCAAUUCCGCCCUAUGACCGGCGGUCCGAGAGCGCCGAAAGAACCGGGCCACGGCUUGCUGGGCAACGGCCACGUCCUAGCACCAUAUCUCGCACGAGACAGCCUCGGAAGCUCACGACCAAAGAGGACGCAAACUUCCAAUGUAACGUGAAGGGAUGCGGCAAACUCUUUGGGAGGAGCUACAACUUCAAGGCUCACAUGGAAACCCAUGACUCGAGUAGAGAGUAUCCGUUCCCUUGCCCGCUCAAAGACUGCAACAAGAAGUUUGUACGGAAAACAGAUUUACAGCGACAUCACCAAAGUGUGCACAUGAAGCAGCGGAACCAUCGAUGUGAUUACUGCAGCAGAUUCUUUGCCCGGAAAGACACUCUCCGAAGACACAUGGAAGAUGGCUGCUCCAAGCGUUUUGACAUCGAGACGGUCGAUUUCAGGCCCCAGAGCUACAGCAACCCCGAUCAAUGCGCCAUCAGAGCUCCAUCUGCCCGGUCCUCUGACAUGCCAUCGCGACAAACCUCGUACAGCAGCUCUCAAGGGCUUGGUCCUUAUGACAGUCCUCUCACGUCAGCUGGGGGGCCCUUUUUAGGGAGACAAGAGUACAUGGCUGGCGGCGAAGCCAGCCACGACCAUGCUUGGUCAAGCUGA